UAUCGUUAUCGCCACUGCCAACAGUGAGACGCAAAGAAAAGACGUUUUUCCAUAGAGUUUCGUCUCCCUAUUCACUCAAGUUUCUAGAUUUGCUUGUGUGAUUGCUGGUUACUGACUACAUUACAGUGCGCGUAGCGACGGUACCCAAGGCGUCACAUUUAAUGACCUGCGAUGGUCGAGUUCACCCACGACGUGGAAUCGGAAUUGAUUGCUCUUGUCGAGGAACGGCCAUGCCUGUGGAACUCUAAAGACAUACAUUAUCACAACAGGCAUGUCAAGGAGAUGGCGAUGCGAGAAAUCACCGAACAAUUAGGAGCCGGGUUUACAGAAUCUAUGGUGAAGUCCAAGUGGGCCAACCUGCGCUCCCAGUUCCAGCGCGAGGUGCGUAAGAUCAAGGAGUCAGCACAGGGUGGCCACCCGCUCGACCGCUACGUACCCAAGUGGGCCCAUUACCAGCAGCUGCAGUUCCUUCGGCAGGACGACACUCCGGAGCCUUUCAACUACACGCCUGCCGAGCUACAACACGAUAAUAGCAUGGAUCACAGCCUUUCGGAUGCACACCCACCAUGUGAGCCCGCACCGCCUCCGGGCCACUCUCCCAUACCCCUAAAAAGAAAGUGCUACAGUGACAAUGGUGUUGGUGUUAGUGGAGCUGGAACCAGCAGCACGAGUAGCUUUCAACUGGGCCGGUACCGACGUGAGUCACCUCCGGAGGACCCUUGCGGUUCAACAGCCAUUGUGGCAGCUCCGGCAGUGGGUGCGUGCCGUGCCUUUGGCCUCAUGAUGGAGAACUGCGUCAGUGAUAUUCCCGAGGGCCCCAAUCGGGACCUGGCAAUGCUGGUCGCAUACCAAGCCCUUGUGAGGUUCAAGCUCACGCUCAAUGGCCAUGGCAGUGACGCAGUAGAUAUCACACUCUCGGAACUCUUCAGGAGUUGAGCAGCACCAUCAGAUCCCGUCAACCCGGGUCUGUGUGGUGCAUGCAGCUGCCUAAGCUGGCGUUGUUGUUGCACAAUGGACCAACCAUAAAUCCGCUGGUCUCAGUGGCAGAUUUAAGUGUGGAACUGCGUGGGGCUGCUUCUUGUCAUGGUUGAUGGUUUCUCAGAGGGUGAGUUUGUUUGCUGGUUAUCGUGUUCCUCGCCACGUUUGCAUGGUUGCUGGUGUGUUAGUUGAAUCUGAGGUGUAUAGAAAGGGGCCGGUCACACGUUGGCCAAAUGAAAAGCAGCCUUCGUCUGCAUUGGUGGCAUGUGUCAAUCUUAACGAUGCCACUGGUUAGUAUGAAAAAUAACUGUGCUGCCAAGAAAUUAUGUCCAUGUACAUGCAAAUAUGUGCCAUAUGAAACAUCAGCGCCGCUUGUUUAUGGCGAUAAUCUUUCUGUACUUGCCAUAAAAUGUGAAAUACUGACAGACAUAGUGAACACUUUGUUUUGUGCCCUUGUUAAUUGUUUUACCGUGCCUGUAACCAUUGCCUUUCAUUUGCUCUCUUCAGUCAGGAGUGCAUAUCAGGAUGCAAUGCAAGGUGUUAGACAUUUUCUGCUGAUUCAAUGCUUAAAUGUUAAGGUUAUGGUUAAGGUUAUUUUUAAUAACAUUAAGGUUUUAAAAAUCACAUUUGUGUGCGUUCAUUUAAUUGCAAGAUAAGUGCUUUUGACUGUUGAAUGUGCAAGACAAGAAUAACACCUCUGCACCAUUACAUACACAUAUUGCAGGCUUCACUUUUGUUUUGUUUUGUUUUUUCCUCACGUGCCAAUCAUACGUAUUGCAUAUGUCAGAGAGAAACUUUGGGGGGAAGAAAAAUAGGCAUACUGCAAAAUGAAAGUUUGCCUUGAAAAACAAAACUGAAUGUGAUACAGCAAAUCAAAGAAAGAAUUCAAUGCUAGACAUUAGGUAAGAUUUAGUGACACGGUUGUUUAUAGUAGUACAUUAAAUAAUGUACAAGAGACUCAGAGUUUUUCUUCGUUUGUUCUGCCAUGCUGUCAGAAGUGGCUGAAUGUGUAGUGAGGCUAUAAAGAAAAGUAAGAAAAAGAUGGCAUAUUGUUUUCAGUAUCCAUGUGUGUGCUGUCAGUUGGCAUAAUGUAUGUAUAAUAUAACUAGCCAAUAGUUAUUUUAUUGUGAUAGCAAUUCUAUGGACACUCUAGGCGCAGUCACACUGCUGCCGUCGUGCUGUCCCGCUAUAAACAGCCCAUGUGCCAUUUGUGCGCGGAGGCUUAGAGGGUUUACACAGACACAGAGUGUGUUUGGUUGCAAAAAACAACAAAGCGAAGUGGAUGCACCGUCAGUGAUGUCCUCAGUUGGCUCAGUGGCGGUGCCAGGAGAGCGUUUUGCCUUCCACUGCUGGCAUGAGCGUUGUGCGCAUGCAUACUAUAAGUACAUUAGCAUUCCUGCUGAGCUGCUGUGGUAUGCACUGAUCUGAGCAGAACGGACAGUAAACUUCGAGCUAACAUUG